UACUUACUUUGUUUCUUAUUGAAAUAAGGAGCAAAUGGGAAAUUCUGUGUGUGUGGGUAGGGUUUGUCAAAGUAGUGUUACCUGAGUGAACUGUUUCUUUGUGGAACUUCUGAUGAGGUUUUUUUUCAUGGGUUGAUUAGAUUCACCAGAGAAGAAUCUUCUGAUUUGCUGUUCAGAGGUUGAAGCCUGGCAAGUGGCAGUUUGGUUGCCGAGUGGUGAAAGAAGACUGAGGAAUGCGUCUGAAAAUUUAAUACAACUUUGACUUAGUCACCUGUCUCUGGUCUUCCAAUCCAGAGAUUCUUGGUUUUACCCUGUCCAAGGAAUAAACCUUCAGUUUUCUUCUGUGAUGAGGCAUUGUGCAAUUAAAGAAUGGAUGAUGAUGAUUUUGGUGGUUUUGAGGCUGCAGAGAUUUUUGAUGGUGGAAAUGGUGAAACCCAAACUACAUCUCCUGCCAUUCCUUGGGCUGCUUUUCCUACAGUAUCUGGAGUCCAUCUUUCUCCAGCCUCUCCUGAGAUUGUAUUGGACCAUGACCACACUUCUCCUUCGGUUGGCUGCCUCUCUUCUGAGCCCAUCAUUUCAUCACCGGAGAAUACACAUGCAGACAAUAGCAUUGUCAGUCAAACUUUUCCUAAAGCACAGAUUCAGCAAUCAACACACACUCAUCUGGAUAUCUCACUUUUUCCGUUGGGUUUAACUGAGGAGAAAAGUAAUGGAACAAUUGCUCUUGUGGAUGAUUCUGAGGAUCCUGGAGCCAAUGUAUCAAACAUACAGCUUCAGCAGAAAAUUUCAAGUCUGGAGAUGAAACUCAAAGUAUCUGAAGAAGAAAAACAGAGAAUUAAAAAGGAUGUGGAAUCAUUGAUGGAAAAACAUAGUGUCUUGGAAAAAGAUUUCCUUAAAGAAAAAGAGCAAGAGGCCAUUUCUUUUCAAGAUAGAUACAAAGAACUUCAGGAAAAACAUAAACAAGAAUUGGAAGACAUGAGGAAAGCUGGUCAUGAAGCCCUCAGCAUUAUUGUGGAUGAAUAUAAGGCACUACUGCAGUCUUCAGUUAAGCAACAAGUAGAAGCUAUUGAAAAACAGUACAUUUCUGCAAUAGAGAAACAAGCACACAAGUGUGAAGAGUUGUUAAAUACUCAGCAUCAGAGGCUCCUUGAAAUGCUUGCCACAGAGAAGGAACUGUUAAAAGAAAAAAUAAAGGAAGCUUUGACUCAGCAAUCUCAAGAACAGAAGGAAAUAUUGGAAAAAUGUUUGGAGGAAGAAAGGCAAAGAAAUAAAGAAGCAUUAGUAUCUGCUGCAAAGCUUGAGAAAGAAGUGAUGAAGGAUGCAGUUUUAAAAGCUGUAGAAGAAGAAAGAAAAAAUUUGGAAAAAGCCCAUGCAGAAGAAAGGGAGUUAUGGAAGACCGAGCAUGCAAAAGAUCAAGAGAAAGUAUCUCAGGCAAUUCAAAGAGCUAUACAAGAGCAAAGAAAAAUUAGUCAGGAAACUGUUAAGGCAGCAAUAAUAGAAGAGCAAAAGCGAAGUGAAAAGGCUGUGGAAGAGGCAGUGAAGAGAACAAGAGAUGAAUUGAUAGAGUAUGUAAAGGAACAGAAAAGGUUCGGGAGUUGGAUGAGCUGGUGUCGAAUGCCUCUUAGAGUUCUGAACUGUGUUACCACCUUAUACCAGCAGGGAGUGUACCAGUGUAGAAGGGAGUAUAGCCACCAAGGGUCGAAUCUUGAAAUCUGAGAGGGUGAAGAAGCUGGUUUUUAGGAGGAGCACAAUACCCAGACUGCCUCUCUUGUGAAGUCGACCUCAGGGCAUGGGCUGGUGAGAAGGGCUUAUGUCUAAAGCAGAAUUCUUGAUUUCUGCCACCCAUUCCCUGCCAGGUUUUCCCCUUCAGAAGUCUUUCUUAUCUCAGUAAAUGGCACAGUCACUCAAACCUAAAUCCUGGAAGUCAUCCUCUUUCCACAACUCACAUAGUCUUCCAACAAGACUGACAAACAUACUCCAAAUUAAUACUGAAUUCAUCAACUUUUUACCACCUCUCCAUUGCAUCCUCUCUAGCCCAAGCUAAUUUCAUCUUUCGGCAGGUCAGAUAUGGCUUAGAAUAUCUCCUCAGUCUCCACUACUAUGUCAUAAGACCAGGCAGGCCACCAUCACCUUUACCAGGACUACUUGCUUCCGUUCUUAUGCCCCCCUUCUCCACUGCAGUGUAUUGUCCAUCCAGCAUCUCGUGAUCUGUCUUCUCAAAGCAUAAAUCUGAUCAUCACAUUACCAAACUUGAAAUCUUCCAAAGUUUUCCUAAAGGCUAUCUCUUAGCCAUUUUAGCUAAAAUCACACCACACGUUCCUCCCAGGAGCUGCCAUGCCUUCGUUUUUUUCCCUAGCACUUAUUUUUUUCCCCUAGCACUUAACAGUAACUGAAACGAUUUUACUGUUUUAAAUGGUGUUGUGUGUUUCCCCAAAAGAAUAAUGAUGCACUUUAAAAGAAAAAAAGCUGUAUGUUCUAAUACGUACCCCAGUGCCCGGUAUUUUGUAGGCAUUCAGUAAAUAUUAAUGAAUGAAUGAGAGUGGCAGUCACAGCAAGGACUGAGCCUGGGGUGAUUCCUCUUACUGAAAUAAUGGUUCUAUUCAGUAGGGUCUGAGAAAAACCUGUACUUAUUUUGUUAACUUUGUUUUAUGAAGAGCCCCUUCACUGUGUCCGCAUCUCAUAUGUCAAUUUUAUGUUGAAAAAAAAAAAUGGUACUGUGGUCCCUUGCUGUCAUCUUAUGCUGCUAUCAGUCUUCUAUCUCCACCUAACCAUGAGCAUUACUUGUCACUGGCAGAUGAACAUGGUUUUCAGCCAUGAGAAAAUAAUAAAAGGUUCUUAGUUCUAGGGAAUUCUAAGAUUUUUCAUAAUGUUUUCAAUGAAAUAAAUUAACCUCUGUUCUUUCAUUUUAUGGAAAUGGCUCUGAAUGUCAUUAAAAACACACAUGUUUGUGACUAGAUGGAUUUCAGGACUUAACAUCUUGUGUUAAUCUUGUUUUUUAAAUCCCACUGCCAACCACUUUCGCUUGGUUGGACCACCCAUAUUUGGGUUUCUAUGAUGCAUUCUUUUACGAAUAGGGCCUUUUUUUUUCCCCAUUGGAGUUUCCUACCUUAUAUACAAAUGACUGUUUUCUGCUUGCAAGGGAAAAAAUACUACACUGAGCAAGUUUAUGCUCCCUCAUCAAUUUGAAUUUCUUGUCAGAUUUUUUUUUCCUUUUCCUAAUAUGAUUUCCUUAAAUCAGUAGAAGUAAUAUUCCCUGUAGUUGUAGAAUCUGAUUUCAAAGAGGAAGAGGUAUAAUCCAGGUUAGCAGCAGAGGGAAUGUGGAUAUGUCCCCUUAGAGAACUCAGAAUUAAUGCCACUUCCCUUCCCAUUUCCUGCAUUUCCUUUUUCAAUGCCCUUGACUCUGUCAAGCAAGAUGUAUUUACUGAGGCCAGCUACCUGUCCAGCACUAUAAAAGAUACUGUGGGAUAAAGCAGGGGUUUGCCAAACAUGACUAAUGGACCAAAUUCAGCUUGCUGCCUAUUUUUUAAUAAAGUUUUAUUGGAACACAGCAACAUCCAUUUGUUUGCAUAUUAUCUAUGGCUACUUGCGUGCUACAAGAGCAGAGUUGAGUAAUUGUGACUGAGACCAUAUGGCCCAAAAAGCCUAAAAUGUACUACCUGGACUCCUACAAAAAAGUUUGCCAACCCCUAGUAAUAUAAAGCAUUGACUCCGAUUCUCAUAGAGUUUAUGAAUUAAUUGGGCUGGUUGUUAAUUGGUGUUGGAGUAAUUGGUGAAUCGAUAAAUGACAAAUUGUGUGAUACUGAACAGAAUAGGCACCACAGAAUGUUUACUGGUUGGAAGAUAAAUCUAAUCUGCAGAGAAGUGAUUAGUUAAGCAUGCUGAAGUACGGAAAGCUUCCUUAUACUGCCUUUCCCCCCUUAUUCUGUGCUUUUCUUUGUCGAGUCCCAGAUAUGCUAUAAAACUAAAAGAUAUUUAAAACAUCAUUGUCAAGGCUUUUCCCAGAUGUGUGUCCUCCCUAAUGCCCCCAAAGAGAUGCAUUGGAGAAAUAGGACAGGAUUCUUAAGACUGCAACAUUGUUUAGAACCAUGCCUGGCAUAUUAUAGGUCCUCAGCUAUACUUGAAUAAGUGAAAGAACCUGCAGAUCUAAAGGAAAGAAGAUUCUGUGCAAGCAAUAGCGAAUGUUAUUGAAUAUUCAGAAAGUACCACCUUAGAAUGGUGUUUCUCAGCAGGAAAGCUCCUAGUUCUUUAAGAAUUAAAUGGUAGUGGGCAUAUAAACGAGCCUGACACAUGGCAUGUUAUAAGUGCUUAAUAAGUCUUUACUGUCAUUAUUUGGAGGAAAUUGCGUAUUUUCUUUCAGACAUAGUACUAAUAUACAUGAAAGUAAGAAAAGCAUAUAAAUUAACCCUUGAUUAUAUCACCCUCUCAAUUAAGUAUUAAGAAAACAUUUGUACUUAGGAAGUACAUAACAGAGUGAUUCACAAUAAUGUAAAACUAGCUGUUUCAUCAGUGUAGAAACAUUCUUUUUUGAUUUGGUUGUGCUGAUUAUCAAUAAUAAGCCAUUAAUAUCUUUUAAAUAUCAAGAGAAAUUAACUACAGUCUAAGAAUACCACUCAAUGAAUUUUCACAAAGAAAGCACACCUGUGUAACCAGCACUUAAGUCAAGCAGAAAAUUGCCAACAUCUCAGACACCCCCCAACCCCGGCCUCCUUCCAAUCACUACUACUCCACCAAAGGGAACCUUCUUCCAUAGGAACGAACAUUGUAAAGACUAAUGGAGGGGAUGUUAGCACAUUCUUUUAAUAAGUCCACAGACUCCUUCAGGCCUUUGAGAACAAUCUGGCAUUUUAAGAAGAGAAUAGUUUUCUGACACUGAAGUAUUUCAUGCUAAACAUGUCAAAGUGCUUUUUACAUCAUCAGUAAUAUGCUUUGACAUGUUUAAUAUGAAAGCCUUCAGGGGCAGACAGUUAUUUUCCCUUCUUAAAAUAGAGAAUGAGGCAGGGUUUAACUACAUGAAAAAGUUCAUGAUUAAAAAAACAACAGCAGUAAUCAAUCUGUCGUGGCUUCACUAGAAUGCCCAUUAGUCAGUCAUGCAAACUUCACUAGACAUGGAGAUGUGGAAAGUGAACUGGAAUGAACCUCUGUUCUCUCUUGUCCCAUGCAUUCAGGUAAUUUUAUUUUUUUGUAUUUUUCACUAAUGUCUGGAUGGAAUUCAUAUCUCUCCUUCCUUCUUCUCUGUUUCAAAGGUCAUGCUAAUCUACACUGACAAUUAAUUAUGUGCUCUGAAUAAUGUAUGAAUAUCCAAGAAAAUCCUUUGAAAGAUAUCCAGUUUCCUAUUUCUUAGAGUUAUUUCCCCAUCCUAAUUUUUCUGUGUUUUACUUCAUGUUAUAUGUUUUUAAAUUACUUAAAACAAACAAACAUAAACAGGAGGUCAUUACAAUUCUUGUUCCCAAAUGUUUAGUUUGGCAUCUGAUGCAAGGCCUCAAUUGCAGGCUGCAACGCCAGAAGCUCGAGCUGAAGACAAGAAUGUGGUGCGCAGGCGUGAUUUGAAUUCAGGAAGAGUGUUUAUAUUUUCCCAAGGGCCUCAUUAACAAGAGUCAAGCCCUAACUGUUACUACCAACACAUUUUAACAGAUUAACUUUUCUGAUUUGUGAAGUAGAGUAUCAUCUUAUAUGCGUACAUCUUUAAAAAGCCUUCUCUUCCAACUGCCCUUUAAGCUACUACAGAAAGUUUAACAGUCAGUCCUUAUCACAUUGGAAAAUGUGUUUUUGUUAAAUAUCCCGUGGCACAUAUUCACCCAAUAGAGUUUUAUUUUUUGAUAUUUCAAAAUUAGAAACAACCUAAAUGUCCAUCCAUAGGGGACUGGUUAAAUGAAUUAUGUUAAAAUGGAAUACUGUGUGUUUACUAAAAAGAAUUAUACUUAUCUACAUUUGUUGAUAUGGUUGUAAAACCUCCUG